AUGUUGGCCGCGGCGAAGGUUGACAGAGGUGACCAGAUAUCUGAGUGCAGGGAGUUGGCCACGGUGAAAACAGAGGUUGGCUGCGGCGAAAAUCACAAGGCCUAUAGGGCAAUUAAAGCAUGUAAUUUGGAUUUUGAAGCUGCUGUAAUGGAGAGGAAAUUGCAACUGCAAGAGCUAGAAGAAAUUCGAAUAGAGGCAUAUGAGAGCUCUAGAACCUACAAGGAGAAGAGUAAAAUCAUUCAUGACAAGGGAAUUAUGAGGAAACAAUUUCAUAUGGGUGAUAAGGUCCUGUUAUUCAAGGCUAAGUUCAAGUUUAAACAUGGAAAAUUGAGAACCAUGUGGGAUGGGCCUUAUCUAGUCACCAAAGUAUACCCUUUUGGAAUAGUUGAAUUGAUAGAUGAAAAAAGUGGCCAAAGUCUGAAAGUUAAUGGUCACUUACUCAAGUUGUAUCAUGAGCACUUCCAUCCCUCAUGA